AUGUCCGCUGACGUGCUAAGUGCUAAAUCUAACUUUACAGUCACCCCGGUGGCGAAGACUGCUGAGGAAAAAUAUAACUUUGGUGCCAUUAUCGAAAAUGUGAACCUUGAAAAUAUCAGUGAUUCGGACGUCCAAGCACUAUCGGACGCUAUCUGGACACACAAAGUCAUUGUCGUCAAGGGGCAGAAGCACAUACACCCAAGUAAGCAGUGGGAGCUUGUCACCCGUUUCGAUCCCAAAGCGCCGUUGGUGCACUCGCAUGGUGAUCUGGCAACCUUCAAUUCGAAGGGUGGCCUUUUGUCAAAAAGUCGCGAUGUUGUCGCCAUCCCAGGGGUCGAGAAUGUUCGGGUCAUCGGCAAAGGGUAUCAAGGAGAAGAUCAUUAUGGCAUAAUCAACAAAACCAUCAAGAAGCCACUCUCGCACGAUUGGCACGAUGCGACACUGCCAAAUGAAGAGUUUGAGGCUGGCCAUACCCGCUUCCAGCGCUGGCACGUUGACGCGCCUCUUUAUGCCCGGGAUCCAGCCUGGUUUACAACGUUGCGUUGCGUGAAGCGCCCUACGUCACCCAAGGUUGUGAUUCACUGGGAUGAUGGAAGCGGGUACACCAUGAAGUCAGAGCCUGGUCUGACUGCUUUCUUCAGCUGUGUUCAGAUGUACGACCUCAUGACUGAUGAAGAGAAACAAGUCGCGGAUCAUUCGUGGGUGGAGUAUGCGCCCCAUCCCUACAAGUGGAUGGGUGAAUGCAAAGGCAAAGCCAAUGGUCUCGGCGUGGUUAGCCAAGGCAAGGAAUUGAGCCUCGAGGAGCUGGGUUCCUAUGAAGAGGCUUCUAUCAAGAAGUAUCCAAUGGUUUGGGUCAAUCCCGUCACCGGCGAGAAAGCCUUUAUGGUGCAUGGGAUUUGCGCUAAGAAGAUCUUCAUGCGAUCUAACGCGGAUGAUAAACCUGAAGUCAUCGAGGAUGUUGUUCAAAUUCGGGAUUGGCUCAGACCAAUCCAAGAGCGCGUGCUCAAGCCUGAGUACAUCAUGUUGCCCAAAGUUGAGGAAGGGGACGUCAUCAUGUGGGCGAACUACCAGAUGUUCCACACGGCUAUCGACUAUCCGGAUAACCUCGGACCGAGAACAAUGCACCAGGCAAACAUUGGGGCCAGUUCUGGGCCUGUAGGUCCAGUACCUAUUCCGGUUGCGGCCUAA